GCUCUACACCAGGCACAACUGUUUUAAAAUUUCUCCCCCUGUCAGAUUACUGACACGACCUUUUCCAACAGGAUUAAAGAGUGUACAGCCAUAACUAUACAUCAUUUCCCAUACUCCGUAAUCAUCACUCGUCAUCCUCUUCAUGGCCACCGCCAUACGCCUCCGCCGGCUCGGUGCAAUCGCCGCCACAUCUGGCGCCGUUUAUUACACCCUCCUUGGCAACACCUCAAUCUCCUCCAGUGAUCGCGGCGGCGGCGGAUCAGUCCUCACCGCCAUAAAGCAGAAAAUUGCGGACCCAUUUGCCGUUGUUCCAUCUCGUGAUGUUCAGGAGUCGGCUCUGAUGGGGUCUAGCUCAGCCAAUCCGCUCGACAUCCUUGUCGUGGGCGGAGGCGCCACCGGUUGCGGAGUUGCCCUGGACGCCACCACCCGCGGCCUUCGCGUCGGCCUUGUCGAGCGCGAGGACUUCUCCUCCGGCACCUCCUCCCGGUCAACCAAACUCAUCCAUGGAGGAGUUCGUUACUUGGAGAAAGCUGUUUUUAACUUAGAUUAUGGGCAGUUAAAGCUGGUUUUCCAUGCUCUUGAGGAGCGGAAACAAGUCAUUGAUAAUGCUCCACACCUCUGCCAUGCUCUGCCGUGCAUGACUCCAUGUUUUGACUGGUUUGAGGCUAUAUACUACUGGAUUGGCUUGAAAAUGUACGAUUUAGUUGCUGGGAGGCAGUUGCUGCAUUUGUCUAGGUACUAUUCAGCACAAGAGUCGGUUGAACUCUUUCCCACAUUGGCAAGGAAUGGCAAAAACAAGACCUUGAAGGGCACUGUGGUUUAUUAUGAUGGACAAAUGAAUGAUUCGCGUCUAAAUGUUGCAAUAGCAUGUACAGCUGCUUUAGCUGGUGCAGCUGUACUUAACCAUGCAGAAGUGAUAUCCUUACUUAAAGAUGAGGUCAGCGGGCGAAUAAUCGGUGCACGAAUAAGAAAUAAUCUAUCAGGAUUUAGUACCAUCAAUACAGUUGUCGGAAGGAAGAAGUAUUGGUCAUUUUUUGUCCCAUAGAUUUACUUGAGCACA